CUUUUGUGUUAGGAGGAAUGCCACGUAACUUUCGCCAUUUUGGAAAUCGACCGGUGUUGUCACAGGUAAACACAUGUUACAUUUGGACUGAAUAAAGCAGAAAAUUAACCCAGACAAGUGCUUGGACUUUAGAAAAAGCCAUGGAUCGCUUAUAUCUUGUCUGUUCUAUGAUUUUAAUUCUCAUAUCCACUGUUUUCGGGACUGAAUUGACAUUUGAACUUCCUGAUAGUGAGAAGCAGUGUUUCUUUGAGAAAAUAGACAAAGGAGUACAAUCUACAAUAGAAUUUCAGGUCAUAACAGGCGGGCAGUAUGACGUAGAUAUGGAACUGACGGCCCCUAAUGGUCAGACCCUAUACAAGGAUGUCAAGAAACAGUACGACAGCUUCACAUGGACCCCAGACCAGACCGGAAUCUACAAAUUCUGCUUCAGUAACGAAUUCUCCACAUUUUCCCACAAAGUUGUCUACUUUGACUUUCAGGUCGGAGAAGAGAAACCUCUAUUUGACCAGGAGAAUAAGCAGGCUACAGCAAUGACUAUGAUGGAAACUGCCACAGAGGAUAUCCACAAAUCCCUAAAUGACGUCAUAGAUUCUCAGACUCACUUCAAACUCCGCGAGGCAACCGGAAGAAUAUUCGCAGAGGAGCUCCAUUCUCGCGUGAGUUACUGGUCUAUAGGCGAGACUUUGAUUAUUCUUCUCAUCGGACUCGGACAAGUGUUUAUCUUGAGAAGUUUCUUCACCGAGAAGAAAACGAGUGGCAUGCCUAUUCAUUCGUAAUAUCUUGACUCCAAGACCAUUUAUUUAUGUUCAAAUAAUAUUGUGUUCAAUGUUAUAGGUAAAAUGUUUGUUCAAGUCAGGUAACAUUACUCAUAGAAAUAUAUAUUAUUUAUGAAAAAAUGUAAUUUUUUUUUCAAACAUGUCCCAUUAGUUAAGAUUCUUCGUAACUUCUUUCAACUAUUACGUUAUUCAGACAUUUUUUUAACGAUCGAUUGAACAAAUUUAAAUUAUUACAUGUAUACAUAACGUAGAAAUAGAUCAUUUAAUGGGGGAUUUCUGGGCCUGACACAACUUUUAGAAUGCUGUUACAGAUUGUUUCAUAACUGACAUGAUAUCACAAAUCGCCAUACUGAGUGAUUUGCUGUAUUUAAUAAGGCAUAAAGAUAAUCCUAUGAACACUAUGUCUUUUUAGACCAAAAAAUACACCUUUUUGGAAAAAAUCCGAAUUUGUUCUGAAGUGUUGAAAAAUCCGAUCUUAUAUUAGUAAUCGCUUGUUUGUGUUUUCUUUAUUUAUAUAGGUCAGAUGUUUAUAUAGGUCAGAUGUUUAUAUAGGUCAGAUAGGUCUUGAUUUUAUACCUUUCCUUCUCAUGUUGAGAUAAAAUACAUUUAUAGUAAUUAAGGAAUGAAUUUAAUAGAUAGUUUUCAGUAGGCCCAAAUUAGCAAGAGUUAUUUCCCGUUGGCCGCCAUAUUGGAGGUCAACAUGCUCAUAUUCCUUCAUUAUUCUACCAAUUUUGACUUUUUAUACUGGUCAUUGUGGGGUAGGAAGCAUUGUUUUUUCUGAAAAAUAUAUAUUUGUUAAAGCCUCCUUUAUUUCAUAAUUUUUAUUCUAUAAAGAUUUUCCCCCAGCUAUUUCUGCUACACCCUCUUAGAUUUGGUAAAACAAAGAGGAAAAAAAUACCAGGUUGACCACUAAGAUGGCGGCCAAGGGAAAUAACUCGGAGAAAAAAUCUGUCAUAUGAAAACUAUAUAUACAUUUAUAGUGUUUAUCCGCCAUUGUAUUUUUCUAGGAAAACAGAUAUGCAUAUAUUUCUAUAAAACACUGAAUCUAACCGCAGGCACUGUUUGUUAGAAAAAAACCUAAGCAGAAUAAAUUAAUACACGAAUUUCUUUUGGAACUUUUGUUUUCUUAUUUUCAUUGUAAUACAAAAUUAAAUAAUUGUUUAUCAGUCUUGUUCAUUGAGAAUGCGUUUACUAGUUUUAUAAUAUUUUCAAAAUGUAGGUGUUUGUUUCGCUUAAUAUUAAUAUCGAUGAGAGCUUUAAAAUUUACGGUUUCAUUUAUAUAUGUAUUUAAAAAUGAAAAGGGUUCUUGGUUAUAUUUAUAUUUAUUAUUGAAUCAUGCUUGUAUAGUUAUUAUUAUUCUUUCUCAAAGUUCUGAAUGAGGUUUGGAAGUGUACAUUUUAGCCUUAAACAUAUUUUUAAGAUUAUUUUUUAAUGUACAUUUAUAGGAGGUACUUCAAUGGUUGUGACUGGACAUCAAUGAAUACUAAUUAAUGUUCAUGUGUCAAUGUUACCUCCCCUUUUUUGUCUGCAGAGUGGAUUUGUAUUUUAAGAUCAUAAGAUACCCUAAAUCUGAAAAUGGGGAUUUCAUCAUACUUUCUUCUUUUUUGUCGGUUUUUGGUUCAAAUUGAUUUGUUUUAUGGUAAAAAGUAAAUUAAAUUUAUAUUUAAUAGAUAUAAUAGAGGUAUUGAUAUAAUAUUGGCAUAGGAAUGGGGAGAAUGAAAGAAAAAAUAGGGCUAGUUUGAUAGGAAGAUUUCUUGAUAAUUUGAGUUUCUGCAAAAAUUAAGCCUGCACAAAAUGCUUUACAAAUUUCUAUAUAGCAUAAUUUCUCGAGUAUCAUAUGUCCUUAAGUACAAAUUGCGUAUUUUGGUAGUGUUUGUAGGUAUGAACAGUAUUUAAGAAAGCUCUAAACACCAACAAAAAGUGCUUUUUGGACUUGGAGAAAUAUAUAUCAUGUAAAUGUGUUCAUACUGAGACUAUUUAAUUCAUUUUCAACAUAGGGUACCUGCCUUAUUUCUGAAGGAAAAAUGUUCAAAGAAAAUGGACUAUACGUGAACCGAAAUCACUGUUGUUUACUUACACUGGGAAUAUUAAUGGAAAUAAUGAAUUCAAUUACUUAUUCUUGGCCUAAUAUAAUGCUAUGAAUAUUUUAAUCUAUUACAAAUGGUGUAAUUAACUGUAAAUAACCAUUUUUUCUAUCUCACUUUCAAGGGCAGAUAACUCUAACCUCAUAAAACUACCCUACAAUUAGAACUCUUUAGUGUGCAGUGUUUAGAGCUUCCUUAAGCCAUGAUUUAACAAAUGGAGAUAACGCCGUACGACAGAACUGUAUGUAAGUGUGUUCUAGUGUAUUGUUCUUUUGAGAUCAAAUGAAGUGUUGCAAUAAAAAAUAAAUUCAGAAAAAAA